UUUGGUCUCGUUUUGACAGGUCGGAGUUGCACGGCAAAAAAAAGGAACGGGUUGCUGCUGCUGCUGCUGCUGCUGCUGCUUUGGUAAACGGGGACGAACAGCGAUUGGCCAACACUAAAGAAAACGGUGAACGUGAAUCGUUCUUCUUGCAGCGCGCCAGCUCACCGUGCUGAUUUGUAUGCGUGUGCGUGUGCCGUGCGUGACACGCUGCUGCUCGUGCUAGCCCGCCCCUGCGGCAGGUUUGUGGAUGUACACAACGCCAGAAGAAGAAGGGAGGCUUCACCAGCUCCGCUAGCGAACGACGACGACGAUCAUCCCCCUUCCCCCGGACGCGUCGCCGGAAGCGGUACGCGGGGAUCCAGUCGACGGCUCGGUGCCGUCUCCACGGCACAGAUGGACGCGAGCGGGAAGGGUGCCGCGGGCUUCGAGGGCAAGCUGUUCGUGCAGACGAUCGACGCGCGCGAUGAGAACGAGGAGAAGUACAUGCGGGCGUACCGCGCGUUCGAGGAAACGACGGCCGGGCUGAGCGAUAAGGACUUUCACGAUCUGCUCUCCUCGCUGGUGAGCAAGGAGAAGCAGCAUGAGGAGAUUUCGCUAGCGCUCGUCUACAUCAUACUGACCGACCCGAGCAGUGCGCCGAAAACGUACCGCGACCUGACGCUGCUGACCCGGGACGGGCUCGGGUUCGUAACGGCCAAUCUCGCGAUGUUGGUGGCGGAGAAGUACCACAAGCUGACGGACGUCGGGCGCAAACAGUUGCUGUGGUUGCUGCGCGAGCUGAUCAAGAACCAGGUGCUGAACGUGGACAACCUGGCGUGGAACAUUCUGCGGCAGGCGAGCGGCGGUGACAUUAGCCCGAAAAACGUUGCCCUGAUCGAGGGGCUGCUGGACAUUUUCACCGAGCAUCGGGCGUGGCUGGAGAAGGACCAGUUCCUGGUCGGUACGGUGGCGUACACGUUCGUGCGGCUGAUCGAGGACCACUUCGGGCCGCAGUUUGUGCAUCUGCGGAAUCGGGAGGUGAAGUUUGUAAUCUCGCUGAUACGGGACCGGUUCAUGGACAUCAUUCCGCUCGGGCGGGAGUUUGUGCGGUUGCUGCAGAACGUCGGCCGGAUACCGGAGUUCGACCAGCUGUGGAAGGACAUGCUGUACAACCCGAAAUCGCUCUGCCCCACAUUCAACGGCGUGUGGCAGCUGCUGCAGACGCGAACGAGCCGGCGGUUUCUGCGCGGCCGCCUGACGCCGGACAUCGAGCGCAAGAUCCAUUUUCUCACCAGCAACGUCAAGUUCGGCAAUCAAAAGCGCUACCAGGACUGGUUUCAGGAGCGGUACUUCAACACGCCCGAGUCGCAGAGCCUGCGGUGCGAUCUGAUCCGGUUCAUCAUCAGCGCCAUCCACCCGACGAACGACAUGCUCUGCUCGGACAUCAUACCGCGCUGGGCGAUCAUUGGCUGGCUGCUGACGUCGUGCACUAACGCGGUCACGCUGGCGAACGCGAAGCUGGCCCUCUUCUACGACUGGCUGUUCUUCGACCCGGCCAAGGACAACAUCAUGAACGUGGAGCCGGGCAUACUGGUGAUGUACCACUCGAUCAAGAACCAUCCGCUCGUGAGCUGCACCCUGCUCGACUUUCUCUGCCGCAUCAUGAAGAACUUCUACCCGAAGUGGGAGGAUCGCAUCCGGACCGGGAUCUACAACUCGCUGCGCAAAAUUCUCGAGAUGAAGGUGAUACCGAAUCUGGUGCCGUUGUUUGAAUCGCCCAAGCUAGACCGCGAGCUGAAGGGAAUGUUGCGCGAAACGUUCCGCGAGUUUUGCGUACCGCCGAACAGCAUGUACAUGCAUCCCGGACCGCCCCAGCCCGGCAUGGAGACGCCGAUGAUGAUGCACUAUCCGGGACCCGGUGGUGGUGAGCAAGUCGAACAGCAUGCGCCUCAUCUAAUGCAUCCGUCAAUGAUGCACACUACGGUACAUCCUGGCCAGACCGAUAUCACCCAGCUGAACCGAAUGGAUCCCUCUCGGAAAGCACAUGACAGUGCGGCCUCAGCGGAUGAUCCCAAAUUCAGCGACGAUGAAGACGAUGCAACCACAAAACCCGCAACGACGACGACGACGACAACAACAAAGACGGAGGACGUGUCGGAUGAUGAUGAUCUGCCGCUAGCCAAGGUACGCCUGCUGGAGAAACCGGCCAUCGCGAAGGUAGCCCUGCCGGACACGCUGAACGGCCACCUGGAAGAGUUUCUGCGGGAGAAGAGCGUGAAAACGUUCGAGCCGCUGCUGCAGUGCCUGGGCAGCUGCGGGAAGGCCGCGCUCAACCAGGAGCAGGAAAACUACCUCACGGAGAGUGUGAUAUCGGUGAUUAAGCAGACACUGCCCGACAAGAGCUACUUCCCGGCGUCAAAGACGGACGACAACCUGUCGGAGAGCAUCAACUAUCCGCUGUUCGCGGCGUACCGGUUGCUCUACCAGCAGGAGGACUCGUGCAAGAAGCGCGUGAUGGCGCUGCUGGUCGCGAUCGUGACGCGCGUCAGCGUGGCCGGCUACAUGCUGCUGUACUUCCUGAAGGUGCACGGGAAGCUGCAGGGCCGGCGGAAGGAGACGGCCGGCGGCAGCACCGCGUUCAAGGCGUCCGUGUACGGUGUGCUGUGCGAUGCGCUCGAUUCGGUCGACUCGGUGGACGAGUGCAUCGAGAAGGAUCUCAAUCUGCUCGAGAAGCACAACACGCAGAUGUUCCUGUGGAUCCUGCCGGACAUGUACCGGGAGUUCAAGCAAACCAUGCUCAACAACACGACCGUGCUGCGGCUGCUGGUGGGCUGCAUCGACGCGAACAACCUGGGCGACAUCAUCUACAGCAUCACGCAGGGCAAGCUGAUCCUGUUCGACGAGGACGGCAUCGUCGAGAUACUGCGCAAAAGCCUCGAGUACGAAACGUUCGAGCAGGUGUGCAUCUGGCAGCUGGUGCAGGCGCACGACAUCCCGCUCGAAACGUUCCAGGAGAUCAUCCCCGAGCUGGAGUCGGGCGCGCACGCGGAAGCGCUCACCGCGAUCCUGCUGCUGCUGCGCGCGGAAAAGCCCACCACCGAGCUGGUCCGGUUGCUGCUGAGCCGCGAGACGGAAUCGAAGCACCGGGGCGACCCGUUCGUCACCUCCGUCCUGCGCUACUGGUGCCAGGAGUUUGAGGAGAAGCUGUCCGAGCUGAUCGCCGCCCUGCUCACCUCGAAGUACCCCUCCAACUCGCCGAACAAGCGCAAGCGGCCGUCGAAGAGUGCGCAGCAAAACACGGCCCCCACCUCGGAGCAGCUGCUGAACCAUCUCGAGCACUUCCGGCGCAGCUGCCGGCACGGGAACGGCACCGGCACCGGGCUGUUCGUGCAGAACGACAUGCAGCGCGCCCUGCAGCAAGCGUUCACCCACAGCUCGGAGAGCCAGCGGAAGCAGUUCAGCGAUCUGUUCGCGCUGGCCGCCGAAGACGAAACGUCCACGACGGUGGGCCGAAGGGGCACGAGCAGCCGGGGCCGGAAGGCGCCCUCGAACAAGAAGGAAACGGCGGCCGAGAAGGCGGCGGCGGCGGCCGCCGCGGCCCACGCCAACAACAGCAAGAAGGCGGCGGAAGCGUCCGCCAAGUUUAGCGACGACUCGAGCGACGAAGACUGGUCCAAGCAGAAAGCCUCGAAGCGAAGGAAAACGCUCAGCGAUUCCGAUUGACACCGUUCGCCGGUGGAACUGCUGGUUCGGCGCCUGAUGGUGUGGCGGACGACGCGGAAGGUAGUUGUGUACAGUUUGCUGCGGUUUGCGGCCUAUUGCCAAUAAUGCCAUUCGAUGGACACGGAACCGCGUGAAUGGGGCGGCACCAAGCGAUCAGUACUUUGGUUUUGUAAGGCCACCAGGGGGUUAGGGGGGGGGGGGGGGGGGGGAGCGAAAAGAGCAAAACGUUAACCGAUCCGCGAUCAGUUAUGUGAGUGUUGGGAGUGUGACAGAGAGUCCAGAUCGCGUCCACGUGUGCACGCACGCACGCACGCACGCACACGCCUGUAUCGCUUGUCCCACUUUUUUGGGCGCUUCCCGUGUUUGGUUUGCCCCUUUUGUUGUGGUAGAGCAUGUUUUUUUUUUUCUUGCUGCCCCACCGCUUGGGAGAGACUGUUUUUGUGCCUGUUUUUGCUUUUAAACAUCCCGAUCGUCGGUUUUUGGGGGUUAUUAGACAACAAGAAGAUCGGCCUUUAUCCAUCUUCUCAAUCCAGAACAAAAAAAAAAUCAAGACCCCCGCUAUUUUAGGACUCGUUCGUUUGCCAUGCUAAAUGAACGUUUGUCGGCAGAUGUAAAUGUAGGUAAAUCAGUGAGUUGCAAUAUUGCACAAUAUCGUUCUAGAUAGACAUCUCGCCGCGGCCAUUCCGUCAUGUGAUAUGGUCAACGUUUGUGCGUGAGUUGGGCACAUGGGUUUAUGUAUUUUUUUAAAUUGUGCAUAGUUUUCUUGCUCCUGUUUUUAAAGGGCCUGACCUGCCCGACAUACACACCAACCCUUCUCCCAGUCAGUCGGUGUUGUAUUUAUGCUCUACCCAUAAAGCGGGGGGAAAAGAUGCGAACUUUAUCGCAACUCUUGUAACGUUCAAAGAAGCUAACCGUGUCGUGAAACACAUCACACUGUACAAUAAUUGAAAAGGGAGAUAGGACAGGAAGUGCGAAUAAGGUUGCGCGUCGUCGUCUUCGUGGUGCGUGCGAGAUCGAUAAAGAUAAAAGCGCGAUCGCGCGAUACUCAUUCAAAUGGAUCGACAUCGCCAUCGGGAUUGUGGGAAGGAUAGGUAACUACAGGUGGAUUCUUCUACCGAAGUGUGUCGCGCAUAAUCAAAAGCCGGGACUAAAGGAAGGUCUUUUGCCGAGUGAGGCCCCAUCGGCGGGAAGCCAGGAUCGCGGGAGAACGGAUCAUCCAAAAGCACACAGCCGUUAGGUUAGGUGGGUAGAUGGUCUUUAGGGGGGAAAAAGGGAGACAGAGAGAGAUAGAGAGGAAAAAGUUAGAGCACGGCUA